UCUCUCUCUCACUCUCUCUCUCUCUCUCUCUCUCUCUCUCUGUACCAAACCCUAAAAAUCUUUCCCCCUCUUUAGUCUUUACGAAAAAUAUAUUUUUUAAAAUAGGAAUUAUUUUUUUUUCUAAAUUUUUUACCGUACAGAUCCUUCAACUUUUCUGUAAUUUCUGUUUUCUCCUUUUUCACUAUCGAAAAACCCUAGCGAGCUUCCGUACGAAUUCGAUUCCUGUAUCGUUCUGAAAAUCGGAGCUUUUUUUCCGAGUCAACCGGGUUAGGGUUUUCGAUUCGGGUUGCGCAUCGGUGGUUCUUCGAACCCUAGUUUUGUUUUGCCCUCAUUUGUUUUUGGUUGAGGUUCGAUCUUCGGAGAUUGGUGUUAGGGUUUCGUUUGUCUGUCAGGCUUCGUGGUUGGUUUUGUCGGGGUCCGGUUUCAUGUAUGGAUUCGGGUACAAAUGAUUUGAAUUCGAGAGAGAGGUUGCGGUGGGGCGACGCUAGCAAGGUCUAUACCAGAAAGGGGAAAAGAAAGGCCGCUCUUAUCUCUGAUAACGACAACAGAGCUACAAACACCGCCGCCGCCACCGCCACCGCCACUGCAGCGACACCGCAGGCCACUAACUCCAACGACGAAAUCCAGAAGGAGAAUAUUGAUGUUCAGGGACCGAAUCUGCAAACCCUAGAAUUCGAGGAGCCAAAAUUAGCGGAGCAAGAAAAAGAAGAACCGGAUGCGCGGCAUCAGGACCAGGCGAUUUCGGAACCGCGUGAUUCUUUGAAUCGGAUUUCUAAUCGGGAUGUAAGCGCCGGGGAUGAGCAAGCGGUAGCCUCGAAUGGCGAGGAAGUACAGGAUGGUGGAAGUGGGCCCCUGGUGGAGCCAGAUGGCAGCGACGGGUGCCAGCCAAUGGUGCAAGAUAAUCACAUAGACGAGCCGGAUAGAAGUAUCAGAUGCCAGCCCGAGACUCAGGAGAAUCACAUCGAGGAGCCCGAUGGGAAUAUCGGAUGCGAGCCCUUGGUUCAGGAGAAUCAUGUAGAUGAGCCUGCUGGAAGCAUUGGAUGCCAGCCCGUGGUUCAGGGGAAUCACAUAGAGAAGCAGGAUGGAAGCAUAAGAUGCCAGCCCGAUGUUGUGGACAAUCACAUAGAUGAGCCUGAUGGAAGUCUUGGAUGCCAGCCCGAUGCUGUGGACAAUCACAUAGAUGAGCCUGAUGGAAGUCUUGGAUGCCAGCCAGUGGCCCAGGAUAAUCACAUAGACAAGCCAGAUGGGACUAUCAGAUGCCAGCCUGUGGUGCAGGAUAAUCGCACAGAUGAGCAGGAUGGAAGCCCGGGGUGCUCCCCUGUUAUGCAGGAUAAUCACAUAGACGAACCCGAUGAGAAUCUCAGAUGCCAGCCUGUUGUGCAGGAUAAUCCCGUAGACAAACCAGAUGGAAGUCUUAGGCACCACCCUCCCAUGACGCAGGACAAUUUAAUAGAAGAGCCAGAUGGAAGUACCCAAUGCCAGCCCAUGGUGCAGGAUAAUCACAUGAAUGAGCUGUUAUCUGGGUACCAACCAGAGAUUUUUGAAGUGGUGAAGGCUGGCCCUAUCAUCACUAGGCUAGAAGAUAGGGUUAGAAUUCAUUUGUCAGGAGCAAGGCCUGUAGACGAGAUUAGGGAUCUUAGGAGGAAACUAGAGAGUGAGCUCUAUCAGGUUAGGGGUUUAGUAAAGAAGCUUGAAGCCAAUGAGCUUCAGCUAACUGCGUAUGAUAAUACUGCUGAUGUUACUAAUAUUGGUAGCACUGGUGCUGUUCCUGGCAAUGUUGUUGGUGCAUAUGGGCAUCCACAGUUUCCCCGGAAUUAUGUUAUCAAGAAUAGAACAUUAGUGAGAGUGAACUCAGAGGUUGGUUCAGUGGGGCACCAAGAAGUUAGCCUGUUUAGGCCACCGAGUAUUUUGGUCACAGAAAGCAAUCAUGGGGUUGGUGAACUUGUGGAAAAGGAAAAGAGGACACCAAAGGCUAAUCAGUAUUAUGCAAAUUCAGAGUUCCUACUUGGGAAGGAUCGGUUGCCUACUGAAAGCAAUAAAAAGUUGAAGCCCAAUGGUAACAGGAAGAAGCAUGGUGGGGAGUUUGGCCAUGGUUUUGGCUUCAAUUUUGGGUCUGAGAAGCAUAAGAAUCAGGUAUUUAGGAGAUGCAGUGCCUUGCUUCAGAAGUUGAUGAAGCAUAAUUAUGGUUGGGUGUUUAAUAAACCGGUGGAUGCUUAUGCUCUUGGGCUGCAUGAUUAUCAUGAUAUUAUUAAACAUCCCAUGGAUUUGGGCACAAUUAAGACUAGGCUUUCCCAGAAUUGGUACAAAUCCCCAAGGGAGUUUGCGGAGGAUGUGAGACUAGUGUUUCAUAAUGCCAUGACAUAUAAUCCAAAAGGCCAGGAUGUUCACAUUAUGGCAGAACAGAUGUCCAAGAUUUUUGAAGAGAGGUGGGCAGUUAUAGAGGCUGAUCUUAAUCCAAAUUGGAGUCUUCAAGUUUAUGACUCUGGUUUGCCCACUCCCACUUCAAGAAAGACAGCUCCUCCUUCAUUUGUCUCUGCACCUGCUCCAGCAUCUGUUCUUGCUCCUCAAAUGAGGACUUUUGAUAGGUCUGAGUCAAUUACUAGGUCAGUUGAUACCAAAAUGAAGCCAUCUUUUCAUUAUAGGACACCUGUUCCUAAGAAACCCAAAGCUAAGGACCCCAACAAACGGGAUAUGACAUAUGAGGAAAAACAGAAACUUAGCACAAAUCUUCAGAGUUUACCUUCUGAAAAGCUCGAUGCUAUUGUUCAGAUCAUUAAGAAAAGGAACUCAUCACUUUCUCAACAUGAUGAUGAGAUCGAAGUAGAUAUAGAUAGUGUUGAUGCGGAAACACUUUGGGAGCUUGAUAGAUUUGUAACCAAUUACAAGAAAAGUUUGAGCAAAAAUAGGAAAAAGGCUGAAAUCGCUCAAGCUAGAGCUGCUCAGAAUGCUUCUGUUAUGACCCAUUUCCCAGUGGUUGCCAAUUCACAGAAAGCAAGCCGAAUUGGAGAGGCACAUUAUCCUCUUAUUACUUCCCCUCCUCGUCCUGCUCAAGAUGAAAAACCAGUGGAUAAUGCAAGUAGGUCUAGCAGUAGCUCAAGUAGUUCUAGCAGUGACUCGGGAUCAUCUUCAAGUGAUUCUGAUAGCGAUAGUUCUUCUGCAUAUGGAUCAGAUGCUGGGCGUUAGCUGAAAGUGCUCUUUAUUGCAUGGAAAAGCACUCUUUGUGGAUUUGGGACAAAGCCCCAGCAUGAAUCCUGGGAUAGUUAAGUGCCUUAGUUUGAAUUGUGCUGCGUGCAGAAUGGAAGUGCCUCAUUUUUUGACAAUGGAAAAGGUUGCAUGGCUCAACCAUUAUUGAAUUGUUUAUCUAUGUUUUAAGGUGACCUUUUUGGUGGGAUAUGGAAAGGCAUCUUAUCCUUAUGGAGUUAUGCGGCACUUUGAGGCAAAGAGUUGUUGAGUGGGUGGCUGAAUAUGGGAUUUAGAUUGCAGAAAAGUAGUGUUGCUCCUCCUUCCUAUUUAAAGAAUGUGGUGUAUGUAAUAUUAGAUUAGUUUUUCUUGGCUUUACAAUUAAACAAUUAACAUUCUCUUUUUUCUGCUUUUGAAUAGAAAAAUGAGUACAUGUAAACAGA